UUUUUUUUUUUAAAUAGUUGGUUAAGCAAAAUCAGCAUAAUUCACCUCCCAUCCUCAAAAGACAACAAAUAAACAAAAAUUCUAGCGCACAUGAAAACACUUACAAACGACUUAAUUUCCUUUUGACAAUCAGUUUAAUCACAGGCGCAAUCGCCGGCAAAGCAAUUUGCCGCCAAAUCAUCGGCGUCUCAGUGUAAUUCAUGAGACUUGCGAAAUGCCAAUUGCGCUUUUCAAGUCCGUACGCGAAGUGAGCAGCGAAGAUGCGGUGCACGUAGCAGAGAAUCUGCUCAAGGAAAACGCCGGCAAGAAGUGGCGAACCAAGGCGCCGGGGGAGAAAUCCGCAUACGUUGUGCUGGAGUUCGAGGAGCCGCAACAGAUUACGGGCAUCGAUAUUGGCAACGAACAUGCCGCCUUCAUCGAGGUGCGGGUCAGUCGAACGGGCUGCCAGGCGGACGAUUUCCGCGAGCUGCUGCUGUCCAGUUCUUUUAUGACGCCCAUCGAGAGCAAGAACUCGAGCAAUCCAAAUCGCGUGCGCUGCUUCAGUAGCACAGCCCUGGCGGAGAGUGCACUGCCGGAGAAGUGGAAGCUGCUUAAGAUUGUCUGCACACAGCCCUUCAAUCGCCAUGUGCCAUACGGGCUCUCAUUCGUCAAGGUGCAUGUGGUGACUGCUGCGGCGCCUAAGGUCAAAUCCCUGUUGCCGCAGGGUGUGAUGCAAUUCGGUGCCUUUAAGCUGCGCGAGGAGUCGCCGGACUCGGAGACGGACAACCAGGUGAACAGAUUUCACAGCUGGAAGAAGGAGACGCAGCACAAGACGCCCGCGGUCACUGCGGCCUCCACAGCGGCGGCCAUUCGGGACGCCGGAACCACGGCCCUGCGAAGGCUGAGCGUUGGCAAGGUUUCUAGCCUGGCUGCGUCGCCCAAACCGUCGCCCAAAGCCUUGACGUCGCCAUCACCUGUUCUUAAUGCUCUGCGAUCGGUUUCUCCGACGCCAUUGGAUGCCAAGCCCCUGGAUCGCAAUCGAGCUUCACUCUUGUUCGGCGACGAUGAUGAGGACGAGGAGGACGACGAGGUAAAUGCCAAGAAACACCGGCUGAGCAAGCAUCUGGAGGCGGACAAGGAUCGCCGGCGUUUGGAGCAGGAAAAGGAGAGGGAGAGCAGAAGGAAAAAGUCCAGCAGGCAUUCCUUGGAGAAGUCAAACAGCAAAGAAGACAAACCCCCGGCAAAGGAGCACAAGUCAUCCUCCAGAGAAAAAUCCACAUCCAAAGAAGAGAAGCAUUUACGAAAAGAGGAAAGAGAGCACAAGUCAUCCUCCAGAGAAAAAUCCACAGCCAAAGAAGAAAAGCAUUUACGAAAAGAGGAAAGGUCGCGUUCGAAGGAGGAGAAGUCCAGGAGUAAGGAUAAAUCUAAGCAUGACCACAGAUCUUUGGACACCUCGACGGCCAAGGAAAGUUCGCGCCCAUCUGCGCAAAAGCGUCUUUCAUCUCCCAACGGAGUCGCAGUCACGCCCGCCAAAAAGCAAAAGAUCGUGGAGACAGCGAUUCAAUACCGUCCUCUUAAUCAGUUACUCAAGGGUGUGGUCCUGGUCAUCAGUGGCAUACAGAAUCCCGAUCGUGGAGACUUGCGCUCGAAAGCGGUCGCCUUGGGAGCCAAGUACAAGGCUGAUUGGGGGUCAGGAUGCACCCAUCUGAUAUGCGCAUUCAAAAACACGCCGAAGUACAAUCAGGUGAAGGGCAAGGGCAAGAUUGUGACACGCAGUUGGAUCGAGAAAUGCUAUGAGCUGAAGAAGUACCUGCCAUGGCGACGCUACGCCCUGGAUACCAAUGACCUUGGCCAGCCGGAGAGCGAUGAGGAGCUGUGCGAUGAGGCGACGAGGCCACGACGCGAUUCCGGCAAGGAUGAUGUGGCAAUGCUGGAGGAGGAUAGCAAGCUAACAGCUCAAGCGGAUCAGAAUAAUGUGGAAAUGAAUCCAGAUGCCUUAUCGGGCACUGAUACGGAAGAUGAACUGCAGCGCGUGGCUGAGGAAAACAACACGAAGAAAGCCAAACUAAGGACUACAGUAAAGACGAAAUCGCGAGAUAUAUACGAAGUUAGCACCGAUGAAGAGGACUAUCUGGAGCAAAAGAAGAAACAAAUCGUUUAGGGGCCGUUUCUAAUCUCGACUCAUAUUUUGUAUACGCCUUUAUUACUUUAAUUGCUUGUAAUGCGUAGUGCGAGUUUCAUAUUUUUUAAUUUGUUUAUCGUAUAUACUCGUUAUUCAAGAAAGCAGGCUGAUUUCGACAAAUUCAAAAUUAGUGAGUGGCUUGGACCAUUUUGAAUAAAAGAGCUCAAGGAAUAAA